GAGUGUGGCUCUCCGGCCCAGGCGGCGCGGCCAUGGCGGACAGCGGCAGCGGGGAGGCGGCUCCGGCCGCGCAGCCUCAGGGCUCGCCCGGCGCCCCCGGGUGGUGGGAGCGGCUGAGGCGGCGGGGGGCCGGGCUGGCCGCCGUGCCCUGGGCUCGGGCGCUGGGGCUGCUGGCGGCGCUCGGGCUCCUCUACUGGCUGCGGGUCCCGCUCCGGCUCCGGGACAACCUGGCGGCCGUGACUGUGUUCUUAAGCACUUUGACUCCAAAAUUCUACGUUGCACUUACAGGGACUUCAUCUCUUAUAUCUGGACUGAUAUUUAUAUUCGAAUGGUGGUACUUCCAAAAAUAUGGCACUUCUUUCAUUGAGCAGGUGUCUGUGAGCCAUUUGAGGCCACUCAUUGGAGGAGUAGAGAAUAGUCCUCCGGUGCCAGGUUUUUCAGCCAGCAACGGAGAAAACGAGACAAACAGGCAGAGUUUGUCAGAGUGCAAAGUAUGGAGAAACCCUCUUAAUCUUUUCAGAGGAGCAGAAUAUAGCAGGUACACAUGGGUGACUGGGAAGGAACCGCUUACAUACUACGACAUGAAUUUGUCUGCUCAGGAUCAUCAGACUUUUUUCACGUGUGACACAGACUCUCUUCAGCCUUCAGAUACAGUUAUGCAGAAGGCAUGGAGAGAGAGAAACCCUCAAGCCCGUAUCAAAGCAGCAUAUCAAGCUUUAGAAUUAAAUAAUGAUUGUGCCACUGCAUAUGUUCUCCUAGCUGAGGAAGAAGCAACAACUAUUAUAGAUGCUGAGAAGUAUUUUAAGCAGGCACUAAAAGCAGGCGAAACAGUUUACAGAAAAUCUCAGCACUGCCAUCCCCAAAACUCUCAACAUGAAGCACAGCUUAGAAGAGACACCAAUGUAUUGGUUUACGUGAAAAGGAGACUAGCCAUGUGUGCAAGAAAACUUGGAAGAAUAAAAGAAGCAGUAAAAAUGAUGAGAGAUUUAAUGAAAGAGUUUCCACUUCUUAGUAUGUUGAAUAUUCACGAAAACCUUCUGGAGGCGCUGCUGGAAUUACAGGCGUAUGCUGAUGUCCAGGCAGUUUUAGCAAAGUAUGAUGAUAUCAGUCUUCCAAAAUCAGCAGCAAUAUGUUACACAGCAGCACUGUUGAAGGCCAGAGCUGUUUCAGACAGGUUCUCUCCAGAAACAGCCUCCAGAAGAGGGCUCAGCACAGCAGAAAUUAAUGCUGUGGAAGCAAUUCACAGAGCUGUGGAAUUUAACCCUCAUGUCCCAAAGUACUUACUAGAAAUGAAAAGCUUAAUUCUACCUCCAGAGCAUAUUCUGAAACGAGGGGACAGUGAGGCAGUAGCAUAUGCUUUCUUCCAUCUUCAGCACUGGAAGCGGAUAGAAGGGGCCCUUAACCUGCUGCACUGUACAUGGGAGGGCACAUUUAGAAUGAUCCCGUAUCCGUUAGAGAAAGGCCAUCUUUUCUAUCCUUAUCCCAGUUGCACAGAGACAGCAGACAGAGAGCUCUUGCCAACGUUUCACGAUGUCUCCGUUUACCCACAGAAGGAGCUUCCUUUCUUCAUCCACUUCACGGCAGGGUUGUGUUCCUUUUCGGCAAUGCUUGCCGUUCUCACACACCAAUUCCCUGAACUCAUGGUCAUUUUUGCUAAAGCUUUCUUUGGGAUGCUUCUUUCACCCUUCAGUUUCAUUAUGGAAAAGAUUAAGCGCUUCAUGCCAUCCAGUCUCUGGCAUCAGCUGACCCAAAUUUGACAGGAAUGUGUUUUGCACAGUAAUGAGUCCCGAUGUUCUCAGGAACUUUAUCACCAGCUCUCCUUGGGCAAUGGAGCACUUACCUGGCAGCUAGAGCAGCGAAAGGAAGAUAAGCUGCAUUACUUAAACUGUUUUCUAUUUUGUUAAUGGUGCUUAAAGUAACCAAAUUCCUUGUUUGGCCUUAGGAUCUGUAAUCAUUUAAGAAAACAUUUUUGUUGAACAAUAACUUGUUUGCUCCCUGAACCAGAUGUACAAGUCGAGGCUACUACUUUCUCUGUACUAAACUUCAGAACACAAUAAAUCAGGUAGAUGUUUUCA